GCGCGUCAUCUCUGUCACAUGCGGCGGAGCACAUUCAGACAGGACGGGAGGAGUUCUCAAAAGCAGUGUUGUCAGUGUUUUGGGAGCGCGCAGUAACGGAACAGUUGAAACGUUUGGCGUUGCAGUGCUUCCAUUGAUCGCUCUGGACUGAAGCAGCAAACCACUGGAAUACAUUAUCAGCGAUUCAGCUUGACAAAAUGAGCGGCGGUAAGAGGAUGGAGGAUGAGGCCGUGCUGGACAGAGGGGCCUCGUUACUCAAAAACUUAUGUGAUCAGGAAGAAGUUGAAGGUCACCACACUAUAUACAUCGGUGUGCAUGUGCCUAAGAGCUAUCGGCGACGGAGACGUCAUCGCCGACGCACCAGUCACAAGGACAGAAAGGAGAAAGUGACUGAGAACGCUUCGGACAGGUCGGAUGCAGAGAACAAUGAGGAGGCCAGCAACAGCAUCCUCAAACCACUCAUCUCACCUGCUGCUGAGCGCAUUCGAUUCAUUCUGGGAGAGGAUGAUGACAGUCCAGCACCCCCUCAGCUCUUCACAGAGCUGGACGAGCUACUGUCUGUUGAUGGCCAGGAGAUGGAGUGGAAGGAAACUGCCAGGUGGAUCAAGUUUGAAGAGAAGGUGGAAAAAGGUGGGGAGCGGUGGAGUAAACCACAUGUGGCCACUCUGUCCCUACAUAGUCUCUUUGAGCUUAGGACGUGUAUAGAGAAGGGCACCAUCAUGCUGGACCUAGAGGCCAACACACUGCCAGGGGUCGUUGAAAUGAUCACUGACAGUCAGAUUGAGAACGGUCUCUUGAAAGCUGACCUGAAAGAUAAGGUCAUGUACACCUUGCUGAGGAAGCAUCGCCACCAGACCAAGAAAUCCAAUCUUCGCUCCUUAGCUGACAUUGGCAAGACGGUCUCCAGCGCAAGUAGGCUGUUUUCCACCCCGGAUAAUGCACGUAAUCCACUUGAGACUUCAGUGCCUUGUCUAAUGACUCGCAACUCAGAGGAGGUGUUGCGAGCCCCUGGAAGUCCAAGCAUGGGAUGGCCUAGUAGUCCAACCACCACACAUCGCAACUUGACAUCAAGCAGCCUGAACGAUAUCUCAGACAAACCAGAGAAAGAUCAGCUGAAGAACAAGUUCAUGAAGAAGCUGCCCAGAGAUGCUGAAGCUUCCAAUGUUCUCGUUGGAGAAGUGGACUUCCUGGACAGUCCUUUUGUGGCCUUUGUGAGGCUGCAGCAGGCUGUCAUGUUGGGGGCACUGACUGAAGUGCCUGUGCCCAGCAGAUUUCUGUUCAUUCUUCUUGGACCCAAAGGCAAAGCCAAGUCAUACCAUGAAAUUGGUAGAGCAAUUGCUACUCUGAUGUCCGAUGAGGUCUUCCAUGAAAUUGCGUACAAAGCCAAGGACAGACAAGAUCUCCUCGCUGGCAUUGACGAGUUCUUGGAUGAGGUCAUUGUCCUCCCUCCUGGAGAAUGGGACCCUGCCAUCAGGAUAGAGCCACCAAAAUCCCUGCCAUCCUCAGAUAAAAGAAAGAACAUGUAUGCUGGAGGGGACAGCACACAGAUGAAUGGAGACACGCCUCACAGCGGUGGACACGGGGGCGGGGGGCACGCAGUAGGCGAUGAGUUGAAGAAGACGGGGAAGUUUUGUGGAGGCCUUAUUCUUGAUAUCAAAAGAAAAGCUCCCUUUUUCUUCAGUGAUUUCUACGAUGGACUACACAUCCAGUCUUUGUCUGCCAUUCUUUUCAUCUACCUGGGAACAGUAACCAAUGCCAUCACGUUCGGAGGAUUGCUGGGUGACGCCACAGAGAACAUGCAGGGUGUGCUGGAGAGCUUUCUGGGCACAGCGGUGUCUGGAGCAGUGUUCUGUCUCCUGGCUGGGCAACCUCUGACAAUCCUCAGCAGUACGGGGCCAGUGCUGGUGUUUGAAAGGCUGCUCUUCAACUUCAGCAGGGAGCAUGACUUUGACUACCUAGAGUUCCGUCUUUGGAUCGGCCUGUGGUCGGCCUUCUUCUGUCUAGUCCUAGUGGCCACCGACGCCAGUUUCCUGGUGCAGUAUUUCACCCGAUUUACAGAAGAGGGCUUCUCCUCGCUCAUCAGCUUCAUCUUCAUCUAUGACUCCUUCAAGAAGAUGCUGAAGUUGGCUCAUUAUUACCCCAUCAACUCAGACUAUAAAAUCAAUUACGUCACGCAGUAUGACUGCAUGUGUAUGGCGCCCACUGAUGCCAAUUCUUCAGAUGUGUACACUGAUCCACUUGAUUCAACAUUUAUCUGGACUGUAAAUUACAGCGAUACACGCUUGAAUGCCAGCUGGUCCUCACUGUCAAAGAAGGAAUGCUUGAAAUACGGAGGGGAGCUAGUGGGCACAGCCUGUAACUUUGUGCCCGACAUCACCCUCAUGUCCUUCAUCCUUUUCUUUGGCACCUACACCUGCUCCAUGUGUCUGAAGAAAUUCAAGACCAGCCCGUACUUUCCUACUACUGUGAGAAAACUCAUAAGUGACUUUGCCAUUGUCCUGGCAAUUUUGAUCUUCUGUGGUGUUGAUGCUCUUGUUGGGGUCGAUACGCCAAAGCUCAUAGUGCCAAGUGAAUUUAAGCCAACAAGCCCAAACCGUGGCUGGUUUGUGCCACCGUUCGGAGGGAACCCCUGGUGGGUGUACCUGGCAGCAGCUCUGCCUGCCCUGCUGGUGACCAUCCUGCUCUUCAUGGAUCAGCAGAUCACCGCUGUCAUUGUCAAUCGCAAGGAGCACAAGCUGAAGAAAGGUGCAGGCUAUCAUCUGGAUCUCUUCUGGGUAGCUGUGCUGUUAGCAGUAUGCUCUUUUUUGGGUCUGCCCUGGUAUGUAGCUGCUACAGUUAUUUCCAUCGCCCACAUUGACAGCUUGAAAAUGGAGACAGAGACAUCCGCUCCUGGCGAACAGCCUAAAUUUUUGGGUGUCAGGGAACAGAGAGUCACUGGUGUCUUUGUCUUCAUCCUUACUGGUCUGUCUGUCUUCAUGUCUCCUAUCCUCAAGUUUAUACCCAUGCCAGUGCUGUAUGGAGUCUUCCUCUACAUGGGAGUGGCUUCACUCAACGGAGUUCAGUUUAUGGACCGACUCAAGCUGCUCCUCAUGCCUGCCAAACACCAACCAGACCUCAUCUACCUGCGGCAUGUGCCACUGAGGAAGGUCCAUCUCUUCACUUUCGUCCAGCUGCUUUGCCUGGCGCUCCUCUGGAUCCUCAAGUCCACUGUGGCUGCCAUCGUCUUUCCUGUUAUGAUCUUGGCUCUGGUUGCUGUGAGGAAGGCGUUGGACUAUGUCUUCUCCCAGCACGACCUCAGUUUCCUGGAUGAUGUCAUACCCGAGAAGGAUAAGAAGAAGAAGGAAGAUGAGAAGAAAAAGAAAAAGAAGAAACAAGGGAGCAUAGACAGUGACAUGGAAGAUGAGAAAAGUCCCCUUCAUUCCUUGACCGAUAUGCGUCGUGCUGAAAAGCGCCACUACUUGCAGACCAGCCCGAUGUCAAGUUCAGAGAGACUGCCAUUAAAUGUGCCUCAGAUCAAAAUAGAUAUGGACCCAGAUGACAACAAUGGCUACUACUGGAGGAGUCGAGGGUCUGAGACGUCCAUAUAACUCCUCCAAACUGCUACAUAGAUUUUAUUAGCUCUUCCAAUUUGCAGAAAGCCAUUUGCCAAGGGAUCUUUUAUAAAGACUGUCCCUCAUCACGGAUCCUUUUUGUGAAGACUUGUCUCUCACUCACUUAAUCACUACGGUUUGCAAGUUGUAAUCCCUAAACUAUUAUGCAAUUCAGUUCAUUGUUUGACUUGUGUGUUGAGCUGUAGAGAAAUGCUGUAGCUGUUUUUACACUUUUCUACAACUACUCUCUCCAUUAUUCAUCCAAUGCAAUAUAAGUCUUUCUACCAAAUUCACUUAACAUGACACUAUCUUUCCUUUUCCUUUAUUUUUUUGCUGCUCUACCUCUGUUUUACAUGGUAGGCAUUAUGU